CAGUUUUGCCGCCGGCUGGCGAGUUAGUAUUUCUCUUACUUUGAAUGAAAAUUAUUACCCAAUUUACCAACGUAACUUGAUGUUUUUCCGAAUAUUCAUUCAGGUUAUUGGCGGGAAAGCUACAUGACAUUGUUUAUCAAUCAAAACAUCUUUUUAAUUGUUUUCACCAGUAUUCACGGAUCAGGUACAUAAACAAUGGACAAAAGAAAACAAUCCAAAGGGCCGCCACCAAAGAGAUUCAAAUCGCACGAUGACGUCGAAGAUAAUGACACGCCAUGCAGUUUUGAAGAGCAACUCGCUGGAAUGGAAUGCGAGUUUGACUCGCAAACAAUCUGUGGUGAGGGGCCAGAAAAUCAAACAACAAAUAUGAAAUGGAGCAGACCACCGCCACCUGAUUUUGAUCCCAAGAAAGAAAAGUUAGUAUUUCAACAAUUGGAUAUCGACCAUUACAAUGGGCAGCCUAUCCAAGGAAUGUCUGGAUCACAGAUAUGCCCAGUCCCUAUCAUGAGGAUGUAUGGUGUUACAAUGGAAGGUAACUCAGUAUGUUGCCAUGUUCAUGGAUUCUCACCCUAUUUCUAUGUAACUGUACCUGUUAAUUUCACGGAAGCUUCUUGUAUUGAUUUGAAAAACACUCUGAAUAAUGCACUUCUAGAAGAUUUGCGUCUGAACAAAGAUAAUAUUAGAGAGUGUGUUCUGGAAGUAAGAUUGGUCAAAGCUCGUUCUAUUAUGUACUAUAAAGGAGAUAAUGAUAUAGUAUUUGCAAGAGUGUCUGUUGCAUUACCGAAAUUGAUUGCAGCAUCACGGAGACUAAUUCACAAACAACCAACAUCAUUUGGUUUGAUGGACCCAUCUUUUUAUGAAACUAAUAUUGAUUUUGACAUUAGAUUCAUGGUAGAUACUUCUGUGGUUGGCUGCAGUUGGAUUGAAUUACCAGAAGGAAAAUGGACAUUGAGAUCAAAAAAUACACCAAUAAAACCAGAGUCCAGGUGCCAAAUUGAGGUAGAUGUUGCUUGGAAUGCAUUUAUUUCUCAUCAACCUGAAGGAGAAUGGUCUAAAGUAGCACCAAUUCGUAUAUUAAGCUUUGAUAUUGAAUGUGCAGGCAGAAAAGGUGUAUUUCCAGAACCAAAUCAUGAUCCUGUCAUACAAAUUGCGUCAAUGGUUAUCAGACAGGGUGAAUUAGAACCAUAUUUAAGAAAUGUAUUCACAUUGAAUACAUGUGCCCCCAUAGUGGGAUCUCAAGUACUAAGCUUCCAGUCUGAGUCAGAAAUGUUGGCUAAGUGGUCAGAUUUCUUCCGUGAAUUGGAUCCCGACAUUAUAACUGGCUAUAAUAUCAGCAAUUUUGACUGGCCUUAUCUUAUCAACAGAGCCAAACAUUUAAAGAUCAAUAAUUUUGACUUUUUAGGAAGAAUCAAAAACAUAAAAUCUGUAAUAAAAGACUCGAUACUCCAGUCCAAGCAAAUGGGUCGUAGAGAAAAUAAAAGCAUUAAUUUUGAAGGAAGGGUUCCUUUUGAUUUACUUUUAGUUCUUGUGAGAGACUACAAACUAAGAUCAUAUACACUGAAUGCUGUCAGUUACCACUUCCUGCAGGAGCAAAAGGAAGAUGUACAUCAUAGUAUUAUUUCAGACUUGCAAAAUGAAAAUGAACAGACCCGAAGAAGACUAGCUAUGUAUUGUUUAAAAGACGCUUAUUUACCACUGAAGUUAUUAAAUAAACUAAUGUGCAUUGUUAAUUAUAUGGAAAUGGCCAGAGUGACAGGAGUUCCACUGCUUUGUUUACUUACAAGAGGUCAACAAAUCAAAGUAGUCAGUCAAUUAUUACGAAAAGCUAAAGAUGCUGGUUAUUUGAUGCCAGCUUAUCAAGGCACAGGUUCAGAUGAUCAAUUUGAAGGUGCCACUGUUAUUGAACCAAGGAAAGGGUACUAUGCUGAUCCAAUAUCAACUUUGGAUUUUGCUUCUUUGUACCCAAGUAUUAUGAUGGCCCAUAAUUUAUGCUAUACUACCCUUCUACCAGCAAAUAUGCAGAAAGAUCUUGAUGCAGAUGACAUAACUACCACUCCAUCUAAAAACAUGUUUGUAAAGGCCAAUAUAAGAAAAGGGUUGUUACCAGAAAUUUUGGAGUCCUUGCUUGCUGCUAGAAAAAAGGCUAAAGCAGAUUUGAAAGAUGAAAAAGAUCCAUUUAAAAGAUCUGUACUGGAUGGUAGACAGCUAGCAUUAAAAAUAAGUGCUAAUUCUGUGUAUGGUUUCACAGGGGCACAAGUUGGCAAGUUACCAUGCCUUGAAAUAUCAGGCAGUGUCACAGCCUAUGGUAGAACUAUGAUAGAAUUCACCAAGUCUGAAGUAGAGAAAAAAUACACAAAAGCAAAUGGAUAUAAAGAAGAUGCUGUUGUUAUCUAUGGUGAUACUGAUUCUGUUAUGGUUAAAUUUGGUGUCAAAACCCUUGAAGAGAGCAUGGAGUUGGGCCGGGAAGCUGCUGAAUUUGUGACAUCAAAAUUUGUAAAGCCCAUAAAACUAGAAUUUGAAAAAGUGUACUACCCAUAUUUGCUCAUAAAUAAAAAAAGAUAUGCUGGCCUAUAUUUUACAAGACCUGAUAAAUAUGAUAAAAUGGACUGCAAAGGUAUUGAAACUGUCAGAAGAGACAACUGUCCUCUGGUUUCUAAUAUGAUGAGUACUUGUCUCCAAAAGCUAUUGAUAGAUAGAGAUCCAGAUGGAGCAGUGAACUAUGCAAAACAAGUUAUUUCAGAUUUACUGUGCAAUCGCAUUGAUAUAUCCCAGCUAGUUAUUACUAAAGAACUGACAAAGAAUGAUUAUGCUGCAAAACAAGCUCAUGUGGAAUUGGCUAAUAAAAUGAAGAAACGUGAUGCAGGUACAGCUCCUAAACUUGGUGACAGAGUUCCAUAUAUAUUGUGUUGUGCUGCUAAAAAUACACCAGCCUACAUGAAAGCAGAAGAUCCCAUUUAUGUAUUGGAGAAUAGUAUACCUAUUGAUUUUAACUACUACUUGGAGAAUCAACUUUCUAAACCACUUUUGAGAAUAUUUGAACCCAUACUUGGUGACAAAGCAGAAUCACUUCUUCUAAAAGGAGAACAUACAAGAACAAAAGCCAUGGUAACUUCAAAAGUAGGUGCCUUAGCAGCCUUUACUUUGAAAAAAGAAAAAUGCAUUGGAUGCAAAGUAGUCAUGCCUAGUGAUUCGAAAAAAGCUUUGUGCAACCACUGUUUGGAUAAAGAAGGUCAGCUUUACAUCACAGAGAUAUUCAAAUUGAGGCAACUACAAGAAAAAUUUUCAAGGCUCUGGACAGAAUGUCAAAGAUGUCAAGGAAGUCUCCAUGAAGAAGUACUCUGCACUAACAGAGACUGUACUAUUUUUUAUAUGAGAAAGAAAAUGGGUAUGGAAUUGGAUACUCAAGAAAAAAGUGUGCUACGCUUUGGUGAACCAAUUUGGUAAAUAUUGUUUGUAAGCCUGAGAUUGCCUGUGUGAAAGGGCCCUUACCUACCUAUUAUGUAACUCAUUUUGUUUUAUUAGGAUGUUAUGCAUAAAAUAAAAUUACUUUAAUUUAU